UUUAUCGCUUUAUACAUCGCUUUUUUUGGCGUACGAAUUCAAGCGUGUUUAUUUCAGGAUGAAUGUCUACUUGGUUCUACUUGUGUUUGCAGUCGUGCUAAACACAGGCGAAAGUCGCUUUGUUAAAAAAUUCCAGGACAACUCUUGGCAGGGUGAUGAGACAAAGGAGGAAUCGGAAAUAGAAUCGUUAUCUCUGAGCCACCGUUACCUCUCUCCAUAUUCUCCGCCAGAAUUGACAACAGCAGAAUUGGAAAAGAACAACUGGGAGAUGAUCUUUCGGGCGACUGCCGGGAAUGGGCAAAACACAUAUGACGCCUGGACGACGGGCGCAAAGACAACUGCUUCGAAGCCAGUAAAUAUGAAAAGAUCGCUUGACAGUCACUUUAGAGACCCUGGAGUGGCCCAAUGGACUUCAAACGGUAUCACAUACGUAAAAUUUGCCUUGUACAAAGACAACAGGGAGGUUGCGAAUGUGAUAUUCGAUGCGCGUGGAAGUACCUCUACCAACUGGUUUUCCAGCAGCAAAGUUGUUGAUUCCAGCUGGACUGACCUCAUGUCUACCGGCUCAUAUAGGAUCUUUUCCGUAGCAGGUCACACUAAUUCACAAACGGAGCGCAGGUUUCACAUAGCAACACAACAAGGCGGCUGUGAUAAUGACAGAGGUUUUGUCGCAUCAAUUGAACACAAUGAUUGCGAUUGGGACAACCAUCCAAGCUAUCCUCAAUUCAUAUACUCUGAUAUCGACUCCGACGAUGUUUUCCAAAGACGACAAUUUGGCCGCGCCGACUAUUUGGCAGUUUUCGUGUUUAGGUACUAAUAUGUAGCUACUUAAGUGCAAAGAGACUUCCGUGAUGUGUACAUACUAACAAACGGAUGAAUACAGCCGGAACGUUUACAAAUAAUCUUUACAAAAUGUGAUAUUAUAUUUAAUUACCAAUACUUUCGAAAGUAAAAAAAAAAAUCAUGUAAAAUAUCCUUUUCAGAAUGAAACCAUAUUUUUUAAAGCUCGGUCAAUGUUAAAAUGUAUAAAAAAAUCAUAUUAAAUUUAAAUUUUUUUUUUCGUUUUUACUGCUAUUUUUCCAAUAUGUACAAUAAGAGAUAUUCCAUGUAGAUAUAUGCUCCCCGGAUCAUGCCUUUUUCGUCGGAUAUGAACAUAAUUUAGUCUCUAAAAUUGUAAUGAUGUUUAUAGGUCUUUGCAAAAGUGCCCUAAUGUGAAUGAAAUCCUUUAUUAAAAGGUUUACAACGAUUUGAGUAUAUAAUAUAGUCGAACCCCGUUGGCUCGAAGUCUCAGGGAACGGAGAAAAAACCUCGAGCGUAGAGAAAUUUGAGCUAAGCGAAAACGCUUACCUCUCGAGUAUUAAGAAAUCGGUCCUUUACAUCCAGUUAAGAAAUCGGUCCUUUACAUCCAGUUAAGAAAUCGGUCCUUUACAUCCAGUUAAGAAAUCGGUCUUAUACAUCCAGUUAAGAAAUCGGUCCUUUACAUCCAGUUAAGAAAUCGGUCCUUUACAUCCAGUUAAGAAAUUGGUCCUUUACAUCCAGUUAAGAAAUCGGUCCUUUACAUCCAGUUAAGAAAUCGGGCCUUUACAUCCAGUUAAGAAAUCGGUCCAGUUCCAGCCAACGACGAAAUCGAGACACGCGAGGUUCGACUGUACUUAAAAGCUUUCAUUCAUUCAUUUACUACUAGACUUGCCCUUGUCGUUUUCACUGUAUUACUGAUAGUAAGAUGUAACCUUAACGUUAGUUCCAAUUUCUUUACUAGAUUUGAUGGUUAAAUUUACGGGGAGUAGAUAGAGAAUAUGUAAAUUGUAUACUGAAAAGAGUUUAAGCGCAGUAUUUUUGGUCUCUAGAAAUUGCAAAAAUGGUUGUUUAAUGUUCGAUUUCAGAUGAACUGAUGAAAAGAAAUAUAACCUCUAAAACCUUUA